UCCAAAAAUUCGUACUGUUUUGUAUUUUGAUUUUAUUUCUUUUGGGAGUUUUAAUCAUAUCUUAAUUAAUGGACUGGUUUGAACGAAUCUUCCUUUCUUUUUCUUCAUGUCUCUUCUCUUGAGAGCCCAACUUUUUCUUUCUUUCUUCCUUCUUUUUUUUUGGGGGGGGGGGUUCUGUAGACUGUAAUGGAAUAUGUUUGAACCCAUGGAAUCAUUUUAGUUAGAUAGAUCAGAUAGUUUGAUGGCAUCGGAAUCAACUGGGAUAUUGAUGAUUUAGGGAGUUAAAACGGUUGAUUUCUUCUGUUUUGGAUAUGGAAAGGGGCAUAUUUUAGAGAUGAUCUUAUCCUAUCACCUGCUAUAUACAUGUGGGAUUGAAACCCCAUUUGAGUCUUUCUGUCUAUUUUACUUUCAUUGUCUCUCAUAAGUCAUAUUCAAGAUGGAGUUGAAGAAAACCACAGUUAGGGAUUGCCAUUGGUUGUGUGUGGGGAAGAAGAGAAGCUGGGUCAGAUAAUAUAAUGAACAUAAUUGUGCUUGUGAAUUUGCAUUAUCCAUUAAAGAACACGUGGCACAACAAGAUAUAUCCAAUUAGGAUCACAUGUGGACCACACUUGGCACUUAUCUUCCUAUGUUCUCACAGGAAGGCAUGGAUGAUAUUAUUAUUUUUGUAUGCAGAGACUAGAAAGUGAAUGAGGAAAUUUCCAAAAGGAAAUUCCCAAAUAAGAUCUUUCUUAAACUAAUUUGAAGGAGGCGGCUUCUCUUUCUUUUUUCUAUUCUAUUCUUCUUUUUCCCUACUAGUGAUGAUGGCACAUAGGUGACAAGGCAACGGCCAUUUCCUUCUUCUUAUAAAUACUGAGUUGAGGAGUCAAUUUAGACAUAUCUCAUUCAUAGCAGAUUAGCUGAUUCAGUAGAUCUUUACAAGCAUAUUUUCUUGCUUUCAUUUCUUACUCUCAAUAGGGAGUGGUGGAAAAGGAGAGCAAUUUUGUUUGGUAAGAAGGAAAGAUUGAGAAAAAAUGGAGGGAAAGUCUAAAGGGUAUCAAGCCUCCUCUUUCGUUGCUGAUCUUUUUGAUGUCAAGGAGGCGCCAUUGUCUUCCGCAUCAGGUGCUUUUGCAACAAUCUUUCCAUCUCCACAGAAGGGAGCAGGUAGGAAUUCUUCUAGCUCUGUGGAUUGGCUAAAACAGACCAAUGGAAGUCAACCACAUCACACCCGACAAGGGAAUUCAGGAGGGAGCUUGGAGCCUUGUCAUCUGAGUUCAUCUCUAUACUAUGGAGGACAAGAUGGGUAUUCUCAGGCCACAUCAGCUGGACCAUCCCCACUUCCACCCCCACCCCACACUAUGAAGAAAAGUGGGGGUCAACAAGAUGAUCCAAAUGGAAACAACUCUCAACCUGCUUCUAGGGGAAAUUGGUGGCAAGGUUCUCUUUAUUAUUAGAACGUCUACCUUGCCUUGGUAGCGCAUGAAUUCCCACCUAUUUUCUAAGUUUUUUUCAAUGCAGGAAUUCAUAAAAAGCAGCAGAGCACAGAUGAAGCUUUGAAGUUGGGUAUUUGUUUUACAUUACAUAUUGUGUAUACCAUUUCAAAUUUCCUGUUUGGUUUUUACUUACAUUUGAAAAUGGUGUGGAGUUCUCUGUAUUUUCUUUUCUCUGAUUUCUCUUAUAUUAAAAAAGAAAAAAAAAAAGAAGAAAGCUUUGCUGUU